AUGUUAGUAAAUGUUUGUUUGAACUAUUAUUACAGACUGUUAGAGAUUGCUUCAGCAAGAUAUGGAAAUGUUUAUGUGAAUGAACAAUCGUUGUUGGAUAUGGUUUCCAAAGUUUAUGUUUUCAGAGAAAGAUCCCUGCAAAGCUUGGUGAACAGGUUACUAGAUUCAUUGGAGGAUUUUGUAGUGAUGCACAAUGUAGGCCUUAUAAUACUGGACUCCAUUGCUUCAUUAAUAAGAAGAGAAUUUAAUGCCAGCAUAAGGAGCAACAUAUUUGAAAGGAACAAGGUGCUGACAAGGCAGGCCACGCAGCUCAAACAUCUGGCAUCCUCCUUUCACAUUCCCGUAAUAAUAACAAACCAAAUAACGACUCAGUUUAAAAAGCCAAGUGACGUUAACAUUCUGCACAAAGAUAAUUGCAAAGUUGAUGAAGACAACAAGUGUUAUGCUUUGGAUGAUACAACUAAAAACGAAUCAACAGUUUUAGCAUUAGGUACCUACUGGACACACUGUGUUAACUCAAGAAUUCUCCUUCAAUACACUGAAAUGCACACCCUAAGAGAAUUGUGCCUUGUAAAAUCGUCCCAAGCUCCUCCAUUGAAAUUGUUUUACACGAUUGAUUCAAGCGGAUUAAAUAUUGAAGGUUAUACAGUUUUGAGUUCUUACUAUUCUUAA